UUCUUUUAGCUUCAUCUAAUGCACUGGAACUCCACACUGUACAGCAGCAUUGAUGAGGCAGUAGGGAAGAAGCACGGCAUAGCUAUUAUUGCUUUGUUUGUGCAGAUAGGAAAAGAACAUGUAGGCCUAAAGGCUGUAACUGAAAUUCUCCAGGACAUCCAGUACAAGGGAAAGUCCAAAACAAUACCCUGUUUUAAUCCCAACUCUUUAUUGCCAGAUCCUCUUCUGCGUGACUACUGGGUGUAUGAGGGCUCUCUAACCAUUCCACCCUGCAGUGAAGGUGUCACCUGGAUAUUAUUUCGCUAUCCUUUGACUGUGUCCCAAGUGCAGAUAGAGGAAUUCCGUAGGCUGAGGACACACGUUAAAGGCGCUGAACUUUUAGAGGGCUGUGAUGGAAUCCUAGGAGACAACUUCAGACCAACUCAGCCACUUAGCGAUAGAGUCAUCAGGGCUGCGUUUCAGUAGAGGAAGAGGAAGAACAAUAAAAAUAAAUCUCUAUUCAGAGAGGGGGAAGACAAUGCUCCCACAGUGCCCUCAGAUGAGAAAUGGAAACUUUUGAGGCUGCUGCUUCAGUUGAACCACAAAGCCUGUAUUGUGUAUCUUCAUCUAAUUCAGCCCUGAUAGACAGCUGUGACAGUUGGUCUGUCCGCACGGUCCAGUGAGAUUAUGGGAAUGGGGCUGUAUAUUAAAAGAAGAAAACACAUUAAAUCUUCCAGUUCACUUUGUUAACUAUUUAAAUUGUAAUUAUCAUUGCUUCUAUAGUUGCUUUGCCAGUGCUUUCAAUAGUGGUCUGUGAUCUAAAUAGUACUAAUUUUAAGCUUGGUCUGAAUGUUCAUAUGUAGACAUACUAGUUCUGAAUGUUAGAUUUAAUUUUAUUUGGUGGCAUUUCUUGUGCUGUAAGUAAACAUCCUUUUUUUUGUAGAGGAGGGGUGCAUUCUCUAAAGCUAAUAAAAACAUUGUUCACAGAG